AAAAGAUUUUCUGGAGAAUGUAACUUAUGUUUUUUGAUAUUUUUCUAAGUUUUCUGUAAUGAGAGCUAUUAUCCAACGCGUGACUCAAGCUAGUGUAACUGAUCAUGAAAUGGUCAGUUAUUURAUAGCUUWAUUUCAGCAUCGUUUUCAUCUAGUGGGCAGUGGAGGGGAUAUCCAGCUUCUCCUCAGAAUCUGAAUACCACUUGAGGGCAAAUCCAUAAGUGGCCACCAUUCCAAGUUCUCCGUUUUUUCCUCCCUCAGCAAAAAUGGAAUAUUUCGAUCCUAGCUGACAGUGCUCCAUGAUCAGAUAAGGUUGAUGGUGAAGUGAUAAGUUCAAUUGGAAGAGGACUUUGUGUUCUUCUUGGAAUUUGUAGAGAUGACACAYCAAAAGAAAUUGAAUACAUGGUCAGAAAGAUAUUAAAUCUACGGCUUUUUGAUGAAAAUGGAGAGAGAUGGAAAAAAAGUGUAAAAGAUAAACAACUUGAGGUCUUGUGUGUUAGCCAGUUYACUUUGUAUGCCGUUUUAAAAGGGAACAAGCCUGAUUUUCAUUGUGCAAUGGGAGGAGAGGAAAGCGAACAAUUAUAUCAAAAGUUUUUGCACCAAAUGAAGUGUUCUUAUAAACCAGAUGCUAUUAAAGAYGGUAAGUUCAGAGCGUAUAUGCAAGUUCAUAUUCAAAACGAUGGACCUGUCACAAUAGAUAUUGAAUCGCCAAAACAACAGCAAAAACAGACUCGAAAACUGGAGAAGCCUCAUCGAAAAGUAAUGGUCAGAAUUCAAAAGAUAAUCUUUCUGAAGAAGUGGUGGACAAAUUAUGACACGCAURUUUUUUCAUUGCGCUCUUCAAUAUAAUUAUAAAAAAAGAAAGUGUCAAAAAUAAACUAUUUACAAAUCAUAAUAUUUAUUAUGGUAAU